CCAAGGUAGACUUGCUCCUUAUUAACAGUCGAGACUUCGACGAUAUCUUGAGACGUCAUUUAAAGAGGGAAUGGAACGUGUUACAAGACGCAUUAGUAAACUUCAAUUACUUCAAAUCGUGGAGCGUGGAAUUAAUACGUGAAUGUUGUAUCCUGAGUAGAAUAAAAGAAUAUCAACCUGACGAGGUUCUAUUAGGUGACGGGAAAGGAAUGGUGAAUUAUGUUCAUUUUUUAUUGGAGGGUGAAUGUCGUUUAAUCGAGCAUAUGGUCGUUCGUGAGGAACGUACAGUUUAUGGAGUUCAUUACGAAUUAUAUGACCCUGGAAAGCCCAGCGCACAUAAAGAAAGCUUGGCGUUGUCCAAGGCUUCAGAAAUCGAAGAAAUGGAAUAUGAAUUACAAACAUCCAAAAGUGGUUUAAAUGCUACUCAUAGUGAACAUUUAAUCGAUUAUGCCCAACUCGUACUUUCGUCGAAGCCAGCUGAUAAGAAAAUGGAUUUCGAACGUCAGAGCAUUAUCACAGCAACUUUAUUAGACGUC